UAAUGAAAAUAAUAAUGACUUCAUAUUCACAGCUAAAUUUCUCAAAAAAUAGUCCCUCAAACAAAAUAAAGAUUAUGCGUGAAAAUAGUAUAAUUCUGAUUCAGGUGCCUUAAUCAUUGCAAUCUGUGUAAGUUCAAUAUUGAAAAUGUCAGGAGGCCCAGUUUGCAGAAUACGAGACACAACACCUUCUUCAUUCCUCAAUACACAGGUUAUCUUCAUUAACUCUUCGCUCGGAUGAGGCACCUCCCACCAUUCACUGAAACUAUAAAAGGCAACAAGACCGGAACAGACUUAAGUACAUUGAAUACGCGAUCAGUUAAGUGCGACACGUACUCAAGUGUGUUUUUACCCAACUCAAAUAUGCUGUGGAAAGCAUUUCUUCUGAGUGCCCUACUUGCACUUGGGGCCCAAGCUAGAGAUGGUCUUUUUGGUUUUCAAGAUGAUACACUCUUCUCACCCUGGAGUGACUUAGCUACGGCAGAAAGCAGAAAUCAGCCAAGAGAUAUUGAAACAAUGACUGAAAGGGACAGAGAACCAUUAUCACCUGACUAUAAGGAUCCUAGUGAGCGCAAAAACGAGGAACCAGUUUUAGGAUCUAAACCCAAACAACCCUCCUUCGACGAGUCCUUGAUACCUGGUGGAGUUAUAGACAUUCCAGCUGGAGGAUUUCCUCCAAUCUUUGGAGAUCCUUUCCGCAUACCAAACGAGAGGCCUGUUGGGGGCAUUUUUGAUUUCGACAGCGAUGAGUUGGGCAUUCCAGGAUUGAACGGUCAAAACCCUGGAGGACUCUUUGGCAGUUUCUUCUCUUCUUUGGGAGAACUUCGACCUUGGUGGAAAGGACCUAACGUUUGCAUUGAAAGAGAGGAAAGCACCGAUGACGAAACCGCAGAAGAAGGACGCGAAUCCCCCAAAAAUGAGACAGAAACAGAAGAAGUUCCGAAUUUCUUCGCAACUUCGGUCAGUUUAUCAAACUGUCAUCAGACUCCCACUAAAUAUGAAUGCGUCACGAAGGUGAACAACCAUGGCGUGGUCAAAACAUUCACUGUUCGCUACAAGUGUUGCUACGGUUUUGCUAGACAGGAUGGAUCUUCAGGAUGUACUAAACGCGUGGAGUUAAAACCAGUAUUAGAAACAUUGACAGACUUGAACGCCAACGAGUUUAAGAAACUAAUUGAAGAUAACGGAGCUGGUGAAAGGUUCAAAAACGAAAAUCUCACUUUAUUUGCACCCUUGGACCAAUCUAUGAAUGAGUAUAACGAGAAGAUGAAUCAGUUUAAUGAUUUGAAUCCCACCGAUCUUAGAAAAAAAAGUGAUUUCAGAAGUAUAUUGUCGACAGAUGAGCUCAUUUGGAACCAUGUUACAGACGGUUUUGUGGAUUUAACGGAACUUGUCAACGAAGAAAUCAUUUACAAUGAAAACAAGAACAACUCUAUCCGCAUCAACAACUAUCCAACUCAGAACUACGACCGCUUGGUAACUGCGAAUUGUAAACGCAUUGCUAAAGCAAACAAUCUAGCUAGCAACGGCAUUGUUCACUUAGUAGAUGGGGUCAUCACGCCAGUCAAAGAGUCUGUGCAGGACAUCAUCCGAAACGACCCGAGGUUGAGCAAUCUUCUUAAAGUUCUGGAAAGUACUGAUCUACUGAAGAAGUUCAAAGAUGAAGGACACUACACCGUGUUUGCACCAACAAAUGAGGCCUUCGAAAAAUUGGAACCAUCAACUAGGGACAAAUUGCUCAAGGGAGAAAAGUGUGCAAAAAGUAUCAUCAGUCAUCAUGUGACCGCCCAUACAGUGUGUUCAGUUGCAAUAAUCGGCAAUUCAACAACACACAACGUAGAUGGUGAGAUAUUGAACAUGGAAAGGACUUUAGACGACCAGCUAAAUCUUGAGAACAAAGCCAAGAUUAUCGAAACCGACAUUAUGGGAACCAAUGGUGUUAUUCAUCUCAUUGACGCCGUUAUCAUUCCUGAAUCAGCUCUUUUCAUCAAUGAAGCAUUGAAAAAUGAAAACCUCACUAAAUUCCAAGAAAUAAUAGAAAGAGCCGGCCUAACCGAUGAAAUAAAUAACCUAGACAACGCUACAGUAUUUGCACCUUCAGAUGAAGCCUUCAAGAAGGAAAGCGCCAAGAAGAUUUUAGAAGAAAUUGGAGAUGAUCAGGAGAAGUUGAAAGAAUUUGUGAGGUAUCAUACUGUUCAAGGAAAGAUACAAUCGUGCGAUAUGAACAAUAAUGCUAUACUUAAAUCUCUAGACAAUGACAAACCUUUGAGAGUGAACCUUUAUUCAACGCUUCCAAUAUUUAGCAAUAUUCUAUUCAAAGCAACUGUUAAUUGCGCAAAAGUAAGUGGCUUUGAUGAGAAAACUUGCGGGUCUGUAAUACACGAAGUUAACAGAGUUUUGGCGCCACCAAAGCAAAGUAUCCUUCAAGUUAUAAAAGGCGAUCCAAAAUAUUCUAAGAUUCAAAAAAUCAUAGAAGGCACUGAGAUUGAAGACAUAUUGGGACAAGAGAACAGAACGAUCACAUUUUUAGCUCCCACUGAUGAAACUUUGGCAGCUUUGGAUGAGGAUCAACUCAAAUCUUUGGAAGACAAGGACAAAGCAGUAGAAAUUUUGAAGACUCAUAUUCUAACAGAAAUUCUUUGUUGUACUGGCGUUGGUCCUCAAACAUGGGGCUUCAAUUCACUUGUGCCAACUUUAUCGGAUCAGAAUCUUCAGAUUGGCAGGACUGGCAGUCAUCAGAUCCGCAUUGGUCGUGGUGUGGUUACUAGUUGUGAUAAUUUGGCCACUAAUGGUGUCGUCCAUAGUAUUAACAAAGUAUUCUUCCCUACGAGACAAGUUACAACCAACGUUGGGGGAUACUUUCUAUUCGAUUUUUAAAGCUUUAAGGGAUUUUAAACAAAAUUAAGUGAUAUUUUUGAUUUGACUGAAUACUUGUACUUCUUAUCAUUGGAAGUUGUUUUUCGUUUAUUUAUUCAGAAGUAGAGUGAAAUGUGAGAAUGUGUAGAAAUAGGAGUCUGCCAAUAAUUAUUCUUAGUUAUAUUA